GUUUAUCCCUAAUCCCUUAACUUCCAAGUGCGUUUGGUUGAGAAAAGAGGCAGACAAAUUAAUCAAAGAGCUGAUCAAGAGCCGCUAUUCGAGCAAGGAUGAGCAGGAAAAUGACUUUCUUGGGUUUUUACUCUCGUCAACCCUGACUCAAAAGCAGAUUGAGGAUGAAUGCAGAGUCUUCUCUACUGCUGGUUAUGAGACCAUAUCCAUUGCGUUGUCCUGGGCUUUCAUACUCUUGGGUACACAUACUGAAUGGCAAGACAAAGCACGAGAGGAAAUUGAUGAAGUGCUCAAAGGGAAUCAACCCUCUUUUGAAAUUCUAGGUCAACUUAAAAUACUCAACAUGAUAGUCAACGAAACGCUCCGGAUGUAUCCACCAGCGCCCAUCGUAGCCAGACAAGCAGAGGAAGAUAUCAGACUUGAAGGUGUGGAUAUCCCA